UGAACAACUUCUACUCUUCAGUAGAAGCAUACGGUUAGAGUUUCUCCGUAACACAAGGCGGCAGUAGGUUUCCGGCCCGUGCUUUAAACUUCCGGUGGAUCUCUUUCUGUCUCUUUUCGGCUAAACCUAAUCCAACAUGGGCCGUGUCAGGACAAAGACGGUGAAAAAGGCCGCUCGGGUCAUCAUAGAGAAGUACUACACCCGCCUGGGCAACGACUUCCACACCAACAAGCGUGUGUGUGAGGAGAUUGCCAUCAUCCCCAGCAAGAAGCUCCGCAACAAGAUCGCCGGGUAUGUGACCCAUCUGAUGAAGCGUAUCCAGAGAGGUCCAGUCAGAGGCAUCUCCAUCAAGCUCCAGGAGGAGGAGCGUGAGAGGAGGGACAACUAUGUCCCAGAGGUCUCUGCUCUGGACCAGGAGAUUAUUGAAGUGGACCCUGACACCAAGGAGAUGCUCAAGCUUCUGGAUUUCGGCAGCCUGUCCAACCUGCAGGUCACCCAGCCGACGGUCGGCAUGAACUUCAAGACCCCUCGUGGAGUUUAGGUGUUUGUAAUAUAUCUCAUAAUAAAACUGUGGAAAAAAAAAACCAAAAAAAAAAAAACGGAACUCGAGUCUGUGUGUGAUGGUCGGAUUCGACGCUAACAUGAACCGAAACGAAGGAAUAUCGUUUCAGCGAAAACCUCUAAGUGUUCAGACGGAAGACUUUUAUAAUCUGGUGCAUUUUUAUUUUUUUUCCUUUCUUUCAACUCACCUCAGGUUUGUAAGCAGUUCUUUACAUUAUAUUACAAUGCGGACGUGCCUCGUGCCAUGCGGUGUUUAUAGGAGAGGUCGUCUGGCCUGCGUUUAGGUGGAGCGAGAUGUCGAGGUGUAAGUGAUGAUCCGGGUCACAGACAUGUGGAAACUUUGUACAAAAUACAGAAACAAAAAAAAUACAGAAACUUUGCCUCCAUCCAAGGUUUAAA